UAUACGCCGUCUAGUACAAACGUUAUUGCUGGUUACUUGAUGGUAUUACGUGUCAAUUAAUUAAUUAAGUAUUAAUUAAUUAUUAAAAAUGUGGGCUGGACCUCCACAUGAUGACGGCGCCGGAGGCAUUCACUUUGUGGACGGUCAGCCAGUCCAUGACGGCAAUUUCGGUGGAUCAAACUUCGUCCACGGAGGAAUUGACGUAGCCGAUGGCAAUUUCGGUGGAUCAAACAUCGUACACGAUGGAAUAAAUGUCGCAGAUGGCAAUUUUGGGGGAUCAAAUUUUGUAGAUGGGGGGGUAAAUGUGGUAGAAGGUGAUUAUGGUGGGGUAAAUGUGGUAGAAGGUGAUUAUGGUGGGGUAAAUGUGGUAGAAGGUGGUUAUGGAGGUGGAUCAGCAAUGAGGGCGUUUAGCGGGGAAGUGGAAGCGGAAGCGGAAGCGGAGGAACCGGCGGAAGCGGAGGAGGAGCCAGAAGAAGCCGAAUAGAAUUAGUUUAGUUUGUUGUUGGUCUUAUGGCACCUUGACGUUUAUUUAUUUAUUUAAUUGCAUAGGAAAUAAAACACAACGGCGGACUUAAUGUAUUCGACUAGUCAACCGUCAGGCCAAACAG